CGUAAGCUCGUAAGCUAACCUCAUGAUAAAAAGAGCUUUAACAAAAGGUUAUAAGCAACAUCCGUUGCGCCUCUCUCUCCCACCGGCGAGAUCUUCGUCCCCUCUCUCUCUCUCUCUCCACCCUCAACCUCUCUAUUUACGGUCUCAUCUCUCCCACGGGGCACAAUUUUUAAAAUAGAACAGGGCCUCCAGAUUGUUUGAGAAGUCUGAUGUCACACUGAUACAGUGCAAGUAAAUCAAUGAAGGGAACAUGCAUUUCUCUUCUCAAAAGCUGCAAAUCUAUACGGCAGCUGAAGCAAAUUCAGACCCUCAUAUUCUCCACUGGCCUCCAACAAGACAGGGAUACCCUCAACAAGCUCAUGGCUGUUUCCAUUCAAGACUUUCACUAUGCCCUUAGAAUCUUCAACCACACCCAAUACCCAUCUUUGUUCAUCUACAAUCUCAUCAUCAAAGCUUUUGUGAAAAAGGCUAGUUUCACCAGAGGCAUUUCUGUUUUCAACCAACUACGGGAAGAUGGGUUGUGGCCUGAUAAUUACACCUACCCUUAUGUUUUAAAGGCCAUUGGUUGCAUGGGAGAUGUUGGUCAAGGGGAAAAGGUUCAUGCUUUUGUCAUCAAGACUGGUCUUGAGUUUGAUGCUUAUGUUUGUAACUCGUUGAUGGACAUGUACGCUGAUUUAGGUCGUCUUAGUUGUCUCAAACAACUGUUUGAUGAAAUGCAUGACAGAGACAAUGUUUCUUGGAACAUCAUGAUUUCGGGUUGUGUCAGGUGUAGGAGAUUCCAGGAGGCUGUUGAAGUUUUUCAGCAGAUGCGAAUGGAAAGCAAUGAGAAGCCUAGUGAAGCUACUGUUGUGAGCACUCUAACUGCGUGUGCGGUGUUGAGAAAUGUGGAGGUUGGCAAGGAGAUUCACAGUUAUAUCGCAAAGGAAUUGGAUUUUACAACCAUAAUGGGGAAUGCAUUGUUGGACAUGUAUUGUAAGUGUGGAUAUGUGAGCGUGGCUCGGGGCAUUUUUGAUGGGAUGACUGUGAAAAAUGUGAAUUGUUGGACCAGUAUGGUAACUGGGUAUGUGAAUUGUGGUCAGUUGGAUCAAGCUAGAGAUUUGUUUGACAAGAGUCCAACUAGGGAUGUUGUUCUUUGGACAGCUAUGAUUAAUGGGUAUGUGCAGUUUAAUUGUUUUGAUGAGGCAAUUGCAUUAUUUGGGGAGAUGCAAGUUAGAGGAGUGAAGCCUGACAAGUUCAUUGUGGUUGCACUCCUCACAUGUUGUGCUCAAUCGGGAACUCUGGAGUAUGGCAGGUGGAUUCAUGAUUAUGUACGUGAAAACCGGAUCGUGGUGGAUGCUGUGGUUGGUACUUCCCUUAUUGAAAUGUAUGCUAAAUGUGGUUGCAUAGAGAAAUCUUUGGAGGUUUUUAAUGGAUUAAAUGAAAAGGAUACUGCCUCAUGGACUUCUAUUAUUUGUGGACUGGCCAUGAAUGGUAUGACAAACAAAGCACUGGAGUUGUUUGAAGAAAUGAAAACAUUUGGGGCAAAAGCUGAUGAUGUUACUUUUAUUGUUCUUCUGAAUGCGUGCAGUCAUGCAGGAUUGGUAGAAGAAGGCCGCAAGUUAUUUCAUUCCAUGUCAUCUAUAUAUGGUAUUGGGCCAAAUUUAGAACAUUAUGGGUGUUUCAUUGACCUUCUGGGUCGAGCUGGACUGUUACAUGAGGCUGAGGAGUUGAUAAAGAAGUUGCCGGACCAAAAAAAUGAGAUAAUAGUUGCAAUUUAUGGAUCUUUGCUUAGUGCCUGCAGAACUUAUGGCAAUACUGAUAUGGGGGAAAGGAUUGCUACAACACUAGCAAAAGUGAAAUCCAGUGAUUCAAGUUCUCAUUCACUCCUUGCUAGCAUUUAUGCUUCUGCUGACAGAUGGGAAGAUGCGAGCAAUGCGAGAAGUAAGAUGAAUGAUUUGCAUAUCAAAAAGGUACCAGGAUGUAGUGUCAUUGAGGUGGAUGGCAUUGGAAACCGGGGAGGAGUCGGAGACUUUUCCCCUUUUCGGUGCAAAUUUGGUCUGCCUACAUGAGAUAGGUAUCAGCAAUUGACUGGUAAACUUUGAAAAUCUGAAUCAUUGAGUUUUUGACUGGGAAACCUAAUAAAGAGGUUUCACUUUGAAUAUUUUAUUUGGGCUAUAAAACUUCACGAUUACAUAAACUUUGCUUGCAACUCCUGAAUGGUGGGAAGUUGGGUGAGUAGAGGAGAACUCAAACAUUACCGAAUGUAAUGUCCUACUUCUACGUGAAUUUGAUUCUAUAGACGAAAGUGCCAGAUUUAGGUGAUGCUUAUCUCUAAAUAUAAGGUCACGAACUCGGAAAAUCACAUCCUUGGUUCGUUGCCACUAUCUGAUUCAAACUCUACUACACGCAGAUAACAGAUUGUUUCAGUAUCAUGUGUAGCUUUGUGAAGAGAGCCAGAGUAGGGAUGGCAACGGGCGCCCACGGGUGCGGGUUUGAGUGAUACCAAACCCACACCCGAAAUCAACACCCAAACCCAAACCCAAACCCAAAUCUGUUCGGGUGGCAAAACCGCACCCACGCCCACACCCAUUGGGUUCGGGUUUUUUACACCCAAACCCAAACCCACAACGCAUUUUGUACUACUUUGCAAAUUUAAGCAAAACAAGGUAAAUUUAAGCAAAAACAAUGGAAUUUAAACAUAUUAUCAAUCACUUAGCAAAAACAUAGGUUUAAAAUUACAAGGGAAUUUAAAAUUACAAAAUAGUCUUUCAAAAAAUUAAAUUACAACUAAACCAAAAUUAAGUUCUUCCAACUUUCAAGUAAAAUUCAAACACAAUUUUGGUUUGUGGUUUGUGAAAAACCUAAUUUUACUUUUACACUUAUAUAUAUAUGUGGGGGUAUUUAGGUAAUUUUAACAUGUUUCGGGUGGGUGUAUGGGUUUCGGGUGUGGGUUUGAGUGAUACCAAACCCACACCCAUAUUUUCGGGUGUCACCCAAACCCAAACCCAAACCCAGUCAAUUCGGGUUUCGCCCGUUGACUUGGGUUUGGGUUCGGGUGGGUCUCACGGGUUUGGGUUUUUCUGCCAUCCCUAAGCCAGAGCUUGCAUUGCAGAACCAGUGCACUCAACAUACCUAUUAAUUUCACAAAAAGGAACAUAUAUAUGCAAAGUAAUCAGGGAUUCGGGCUAAAUGAAGUUUGUAUGCCUCUGAGUCUGGGUCUUCAACCCAACGUGCUAUCAAACAUAAUACUUUCUCUACACUUCCAAUGCAAAGGGAAAAAAGCGUUCAGUUUGCAAUAUCUGUGCAAAGUUUGAUAUUAUAGAUUGAAUAGUAUGGAAAUUGAAGAUGAAGGUGCUUCUGAUUCAUAUAGGUUCUGCGGGAGCAAUAGUUGGAGAUGAUAAGUUGCUUGUGAAUCUAAAGGAAGAUGAUAAAAAAACAAGAUACUUAAGAAGGAAGACAGGUUACCCAUAAAAUUGUGCAAGUUUUGGAUGAAUACGUGACUUUGGGUUUGUGGGAUAAACUGGACCACAAAUUAUAGAAGAAAUUAUAUGAAAAUUAAUCUAUUGUGUUCUCAGUCGAAAUCAUAUGAAAACUGCAUUGAUGCCAUGUUAUAUAUGGAAGAGAUAGUAUCUAUGUUACCGAGCUUGGUGUUGAUGAGGAUAGUAUAGAUUCAGAUGCAUGAUGGCAUAGUUAGAACUAUUUAUAUACUACUAUGAGUUGGCUUAUAACUAUUUAUAUACUACAAUGAGGAAUAUAUAUUUAUACAUAAAAUUUUAAAUA